GCCUGCUUUGCUUUCGGGGUGGAUGCACGCUGGUGUCUUGCGCUUUCUCACAUUUCUCACACUUCUCACAUUUCUCACGCUCCUCACGCUCCUCAUGCUGCUCACGCUCCAGCUGGAUUAUUACUAACGCGGCAACCCGGGUACAGAAGCCACAGCCUGCCGAAUGCCUUUCCUCAAGCCAAAGCAGCCAAGCGCAGCACGCACGCUAAAACUACUACGGUACUUCACCCUGCGCUCCUGCGCUGCCUGCUGCACUGCAACAGCGGGCGGAUACGUUGAUGUGCUCCGCCGUGUGGUGCGGUGCGCUGUUGUCUGUGUGUUCGUGUGUGUGCGUGUGUUGUGUGUGUGUGUGUGCGUGUGCGUGUGCCAGUGCGUGUUUCUCCGUGUGCUCUGUGUUUCCUUCCGGGGUGCGGAAGAGACGACUCCCUCACCUCACCUCACCCACCACCAAACGGAGUCGCUUGAGCCCUUGAACAUUCAAGCCCAGUCAACCAGCUCUAGAUUCCUUCCUCGCUUGGUUGGUAAUCUUAUUAGGUCCCAUCUUACUCAAGCUGACUGGCGAUUCUCGCCCAACGCCUCCACCCAGGGCUGGAAUCUACGUGACUGUGUAUACCUGGGAGGGGGAGACCCUGCACAUACGUAGUAGAUAGCCUCUCUGGCGAUAGAAUGGGAAGCACGAGACAAGGUGUAAUACACAUAUGACCUAUGUAACCCUCAUCCGGUAUAUCCAUC